GUCGCAGUGUAUAUUUCUUCGGACAACAGACGACCCUUGCUUGGGAGGAAUGCUAUGGUGGCUUUGCAUAUUGUACCAUCAUUCGACCGCAUGCUUAUCUCUUCCGUCAACGUAGCACACUGGCAGGAACAUUAUCCGCAGCUCUUCCAGAAGUCCAUCGGCCGUAUUCCAUGUGGUGUGCAUCGAAUUCAGCUGAAACCGAAUGCGAAACCGAUCGCCAUUGGUCAACCUCGACCCAUUCCGCUAGCGAAACGUGAAGCGGUCUCUGCAGCCCUGCAAGCGAUGCUAGCAAAUGAUUUGAUUGAACCCAUCGAUUGCUCUGAGUGGGUGCAUCCAAUGGUUUGUGUCAUGAAAAAAGACGGUACUGUCCGGAUAUGCAACGAUUUGCAGGCGCU